AUCUGUCAUCCAUCUCCUUCCCCUCGUUUCGCUUCCAGACACCAUCUCUGUGUCCUUUUUCUCUCAAAACUAAAACCCCCUACUUUCUCUCCCUAGAAAAAACCAAGCCCUACCUCUCUGUUUGUUUAGCAAGAAGCCCUAAAAUUUCCCUUUCUACAAAGAUCUUCCUCAAGAAACCCUAAAAAGAAGAAAAAAAUUCACACAUAUCUUCUCGUAAACACCCUAAUUCGUCACUUUCUCUCUCUUCAAUGGCGGCAGCGACCAAGAAAGUCCCAUUCGCAACAAGCAACAGCGUAAACAUGAACCAGGGGAAGACAAUCGAAGAAACUUACCAGAAAAAGUCCCAAUUGGAGCACAUUCUUCUACGACCCGACACCUACAUCGGGUCAAUCGAGAAGCACGCACAGACCCUCUGGGUUUACGAGGGUGACAAAAUAGUGCACCGAUCGGUCACCUAUGUGCCAGGUCUUUACAAAAUCUUUGAUGAAAUCUUGGUGAAUGCAGCGGAUAAUAAGCAAAGAGACCCGAAAAUGGACUCUUUGAAGGUCGUGAUUGACGGGGAGAAUAAUCUGGUUAGUGUUUAUAACAAUGGAGAUGGGGUUCCGGUGGAGAUACACAAGGAGGAAGGUGUUUAUGUGCCGGAAUUGAUUUUUGGGCAUUUGUUGACAAGUAGUAAUUAUGAUGAUGCUGAGAAGAAGACCACUGGCGGGAGAAACGGGUAUGGUGCAAAGCUUACGAAUAUUUUUUCGACCGAGUUUGUGAUUGAGACGGCGGAUGGGAAGAGGCAAAAGAAGUAUAAGCAGGUUUUCUCUAACAACAUGGGGAAAAAAUCUGAGCCAAUGAUAACUAAGUGCAAGGAGGGUGAGAAUUGGACCAAGGUGACAUUUAAGCCUGAUUUGGCUAAGUUUAGCAUGACUCAUCUGGAAGAAGAUGUGGUAGCUUUGAUGAAGAAAAGGGUGGUUGACAUGGCUGGUUGCCUUGGAAAGACUGUGAAGGUUGAGCUCAACGGAAGUCGUGUGCCUGUCAAAUCAUUUCAAGAUUAUGUUUACAUGUACUUGAAUUCUGCCUCUGAACCUGGCUCAGAACGCCCUAAAAGUUUCUACGAGAAAGUUGGUGAGAGGUGGGAGGUUUGUGUGAGCCUUACGGAAGGUCAAUUCCAGCAGGUCAGCUUCGUUAAUAGCAUUGCAACCAUCAAGGGUGGGACUCAUGUUGAUUACGUCACUAAUCAGAUCACUAACUAUGUGAUGAAUGCUGUUAAUAAGAAGCACAAGAAUUCCAACAUCAAAGCCCAUAACGUGAAGAACUAUUUGUGGGUUUUUGUCAAUUGCCUUAUUGAUAACCCUGCUUUUGAUUCUCAAACAAAGGAAACUUUGACACUUCGCCAGAGCAGUUUUGGAUCGAAAUGUGAACUUUCUGAAGACUUUUUGAAGAAAGUGGCAAAGUCUGACAUCGUCGACAACCUCCUCUCGUGGGCAAGAUUCAAGGAAAACAAGGAGCUUAAGAAGACUGAUGGAACGAAGACGGCUAAGGUUAAUGUUCCAAAGCUCGAGGAUGCUAACGAGGCUGGAGGGAGGUACUCUGAAAAAUGUACAUUGAUAUUGACUGAAGGAGAUUCAGCAAAAGCUCUGGCAAUAGCUGGUGUGGCUGGGCUGUCUCAGACGGAACGGAGUUUCUACGGGGUAUUUCCUUUGAGAGGUAAAUUGCUCAAUGUGCGAGAAGCCACGCCUAAACAGCUCAAAGAGAAUAAGGAAAUUGAAUGCAUCAAGAAGAUUCUUGGAUUGCAGCAUGAUAAGCAGUACAGUAAUGUCAAGUCUCUGAGAUACGGUCAUCUGAUGAUAAUGACAGAUCAGGAUCAUGAUGGUUCUCACAUUAAAGGCCUGCUGAUCAAUUUCCUUCAUUCAUUCUGGCCAUCAUUACUGAAAGUCCCAUCAUUCUUGGUUGAGUUUAUUACUCCUAUUGUCAAGGCAACUCAUAGAAACGGAACAGUUCUAUCGUUUUAUUCCAUGCCGGAGUAUGAAUCCUGGAAAGGAAGUUUGGUGGGAAAUGCGAGUGGCUGGUCCAUCAAAUACUAUAAGGGGUUGGGAACAAGUACAUCCAAGGAAGGAAAAGCAUACUUUCAAAGUCUUGACAAGCACAAGAAAGACUUUAUAUGGAUGGAUGAGCAAGAUGGGGAUGCGAUAGAGCUUGCGUUUAGUAAAAAGAAGAUCGAAGCAAGAAAGAAUUGGCUUCGGCAGUACGAGCCUGGUACUCACCUUGAUCAGAACCAGAAGCUCAUAAAGUACAGCGAUUUCAUUAACAAGGAGCUUAUAUUGUUUUCUAUGGCGGAUCUUCAAAGAUCUAUUCCUUCAAUGGUUGAUGGCCUGAAGCCUGGUCAGAGGAAGAUCCUUUUCUGUUCUUUUAAGAGGAAUUUUGUCAAAGAAGCGAAAGUUUCCCAGUUCUCUGGUUAUGUAUCCGAGCAUUCUGCUUAUCAUCAUGGUGAGCAGAGUCUUGCCAGUACAAUCAUUGGAAUGGCACAGGAUUUUGUUGGCAGCAACAACAUUAACCUUCUUCUGCCAAAUGGUCAAUUUGGCACCCGCAGUGUGGGAGGCAAAGACCAUGCAAGUGCUAGGUACAUUUAUACUCAGCUCUCUCCUAUUACGAGGUUCUUGUUCCCAAAGGAUGAUGAUGGCCUUCUUGAUUACUUGGAUGAAGAUGGGCAAACCAUUGAACCUAAUUGGUACAUGCCAAUUAUUCCAUUGGUCCUUGUGAAUGGGUGUGAAGGAAUCGGCACCGGCUGGAGCACUUUCAUCCCUAACUAUAACCCAAGGGAUGUUGUUGCAAACAUAAGGCGGUUAUUGAAUGGUGAAAUGAUGGAGCCUAUGAAUCCAUGGUAUAGAGGUUUUAAAGGAACUAUUGAAAAAGGUGCAUCAAAAGAAGCUGGUUGUAGCUACGCUGUUAAUGGUGUCAUCGAUGAAGUCAAUGAGACAACACUCAGGAUAACUGAACUGCCCAUCCGUCGGUGGACAGACGAUUACAAGGCAUUUUUGAAUUCUGUUACAGAGGGGAAUAGAGAUGAAAAUGGCAAUUUACCAAAGGAUCCCUUUAUUAAGGAUUUCAGAAAGUAUGGUGAUGAUGCGACAGUUGUUUUUGAAGUUCUGUUGUCGGAAGAGAACAUGAUGAUUGCAAAGCAAGAGGGUUUGCUAAAGAAAUUUAAAUUAACCACCACAAUUAGCACAAGUAAUAUGCACCUCUUUGAUUCAGCAGGAGUGAUUAAAAAAUAUGACAACCCAGAACAAAUCCUUGAAGAAUUUUUCCACUUAAGGCUUGAAUACUAUGAGAGAAGAAAGAAAGUUCUGCUGGAAAAUCUAGAAUUCGAGUUGUUGAAACUGGAAAACAAGGUCAGGUUUAUCCUUGGAGUUGUGAGAGGUGAAAUCAUUGUGAACAACAGGAAGAGAGCUGAUUUGUUCCUAGAGCUGCACCAGAAAGGUUUUACCCCCAUUCCGAAGAAAUCUAAGGCUGUUGUUGCUGGGGCAACGGAUGAUAAAGAUGAAGCAGAAGACAGCCUCGAAGUUUCUGGGGUGCGGGCUAGUGACUAUGACUAUUUGCUGUCAAUGGCAAUCGGAACCUUGACACUAGAAAAGGUUCAGCAGCUAUGUGCUGACCAUGACAAACUCAAUGGAGAGGUUGACAAUUUAAGAAAGACAACUCCAAUAGUUUUGUGGGUGAAAGAUCUUGAGGCUCUUGAGAUGCAACUUGAUGUGCUGGAUAAAUAUGAUGCUGAAGCAGAGGAGGCAAGAAAGAAAUUAAAAGGUGAUGCAAAUGGCGAAGCUGGUUUUAAGGUUUCUAAACAAGCACCUAAAAAUCCAAGGAAGUACACUAAGAAAGCCAUAAAUGAAGAAGUAUCUGUUGAGACCAUGGGAAAACCAUCCAGUUCUACAAUGGAAACAGGUCAGCAGGCAGAGAAUGCUGCUGAGGUAGUGAAACCCAAAGGAAGGGCAGGAUCAAGGAAGGCUCCUGCUAAAAAGCAGGAAAAACCCUCUCCAAGUUCGGAUGAGGAUGAUGAAAUAGAAUCGCUGAAGGACCGACUUAAGGCAUAUAGACUUGAUUCUUCGCCUGAGCAAUCAGCUGACAUGGAGACUGAUGUGCUUCGAGUACCAGCUGGGAGAAACGCUGCUAGGAAGAAGCCUCUAGCAGCUGUCUCAGUCAUUUCUGAUAGUGAGGACGAACCAGAUCUUGACGAUGACUUCGAUGUACAAGUGAAAGCUGUCCCAGAAACAAAAAAGAAGGGGGGGAGAAAAGCUGCUGCUGCAAAUGAUAAGGCGGCCAAACCACCUGCAGCGACGAAGAGGAGAGGGCCAGUCAGCAAGCAGUCCCAGGGAUUGGGCCAGCAGCUUCUAACUGAAAUGUUGAAGCCUGCUGAAGAAUCAGGAAUAUCUCCAGAAAAGAAAGUGAGGAAAAUGAGGGCAUCUCCAUUCAACAAGAAGAGUGGUUCUUUAUUGGGCGGAAUUGAAACAAUGCCAGCUUCUUCUACAUCUGAAAACGCCGAUGUCAUCGACGUGCCAGCAAAAGCAAGACCGCAGAGGGCAAACCGGAAGCAGACUAGGUAUGUGUUGAGUGACUCUGAGAGUGAAGAUUCUGAUUUUGAACAGGCUAGUGAAGAUUCGGACUCCGACUAAGGUGGUUUGCUUGGCUUAGGGAACUUUAGACUAGGAAGGGGAAACUCGAGCAAACUUAGGGAACUUUAGACUAGGAAGGGGAAACUCGAGCUCAUUUCCCCAUGAAAAUUGAUUAAGGUUUGCUUGGUUUAGGGAACUUUAGACUAGGACGGGGAAACUCGAGCUCAUUUCCCCAUGAAAAUUGAUUAACUGCUUGUCAGCAACAAAUUUUCUUGAGAGUACUCGUUUGAUGCUUUCUUCAUAUA